CAUUGACUCAACCAACUUUGUUGCCAACCGCUUACAAAAAGUUGCUGGUCAACAUUAAUGAAGAAUGGAAGCAAUUCCAGCACUAGCACAGCAAGGCAUAGACCAAUCAGCAUUCUGAACAACACUGGUGUAGCAUUAGUGUAGCACAAUGUUUUCUCGUGUGAAGGAUUUCCUCUACCGGCAUCGGAGGAAGUUUCUGAUUGGAGGCGUCAUUAUAGGUGGUGCUGCGUUCCUCAGCCGCUAUGCAGAGAGGAAGCUGCUGGAGUGGCAUGACCAGCAGACACGUGCACUGUUGGAGAAGCAGAAGAAACGGCAGCACUAUGAGAACACUUACAGGACGGCAAAUGCCACUGUAAUGAGUCUGUCUGGGAGCAUGAAGGAAGUGCUGACAAGGGAGCUGGACACUGAGACUCUCCUGCAGGCUGUGAAGGAGCAACCUCAGCACAAGCGUAACAUCUGGGAGCAGCUCAAAGUGGUGGGGUUCAGCCGAGCCAUAUCCACUGUGUAUAUUGCCAGCCUGGUGGGUGCCGCGAUACGCAUGCAACUCAUGCUGCUUGGAGGCUACACUUUUGGUGACCUCAUUCAUUCUGGCCAUGCUGGUUUACCCAUUUCCCAGACACUGCAGCAGAAAUACCUCACAGCUGUCCACUUCUUGGUAGAGGAAGGAAUACCUAAACUGGUGCAGCACAUCACGCAGGUUGUCACACACAUUGUCACUGGGAUUCCUCUCAACCGCUCCCUCACUCUGUCCCAGCUGGAGGCAAUCUUUCAUGAGAUCAGACUCGUCAUUGCUGGGGAGAGCACUUCUCACAGUGAGGGCCAAGGCAGGAGGCAGAAGGUGGAGCCGUGGAGCAAGUAUGUCCUGCAGCUGCCUGUGCCUCCUGAUGGGGAGUCCGAGGAGGAAAAGAUCCUCUACAACAUGCUCAUUGAAACCAGUGACAUACUUGACAGUGAAGACUUUGGCACUGUAAUGGACACCCUGAUACAACACGGUUUUAACAUAAUGCUGGACAGAAUGGCAGACUUUUACCCCAUAACAAAACCCCUGCAAGAAAAUGCCUCUACAGAAAAGUGGGUGGAUAAUAUUAGCCGAGACUUGGACCCAGGACUACCACCCGAUUCAGGUGACAAAAUAGCCGGACCUCAGACUGGCCCUCCUCACUCCAACUUCAUCAAUAGCAGCUCUGUUCCUGUGGCCAAACUGGUGCCGGUCUUGUCUGGGCUGGUCCAUGCUGCACUCUCCCCAACCCCAGGCCAGCUGCUGCAGAAAGUCCUCACCAAUGACAAGCUGGACUCCAUGGGGGCCAAUGUAUAUGAAGCCUUUGCUCUGCCUCUCAGCCAAGCAGUGUGACAAGUGCACAAGUUGUCAGCAGUCUUUAAAGUGUCACUGUAUCAUUGAGGUUCAGAGUAUAUAUGUUGUCUAAAACGGCUAUUAAUGUAUAAGAGUAUAACUCAGUCUUACAAAGUGCAGUGUCACAAUGUUGUUCAUUAACCACAAAAGAUAUUUAGUAGUUAUUUUUCACCUUAGCCACAGCCAUGACUGUGUAGAAGGCAAGGGCAUUUAUUGGGAUCAGGGAAGUCCACCACCUCGGCUAUUUUUAGGAGUGGCCUAGGCUAGGUUAGGUCAGGUGUGGUUAGUUUAGAUUGAGUUAAGUCAAUUUGGUUUGCCAAAGCUAAUCUGUCCUAUCCCAACCUAACAUGUUAUCUUGCUGCUGUUUUUUAAAUAACUUUAGUUAGAUUAGAUCAGAUGUGGUUAGUUUAUAUCAGGUCAAGUUGAAUUGUAUCACCUCUGCCAAUCUGUCCUGUCAUGAUCUAAAUGACUGGUCUUUCCUGACCUUACCCACCAAAGCUAAUCCAACCUGCCAUGACUUUAUUUUACCCAAUCAAAUCCUAACCUAACCUAACCUACAAAAUUUAAUCUGACCUUUUAAAAUCUUACUCUAUCAUAUCCUAUUCAAAUGCGACUUAAAUUUAAUGUUACCUAAAUUAACCUCAAUUCAAUCUUAGCCAUCCUAACCUAACCACACUCAUUGUAAUGUACUCUAACUUGACCUAUCAUAAUCUGAUCUAACUUGCCAAACCCAACCAAGUCUACCCACUCCAAAUGGUAACUGGGAUGGGUGAUCUUCAUGUGAUCUUUUACUAUAGUACAUGUAAGAUAUAAAUCACCUGUAAUCUGAACAGGAUAGGGAAAUAUAAUAGGAAGCUAAUAUUUCAGAUAAGCAAGGAAACUGGCAAGUAAGUGGGCCCUUCUUUUUAAUUUCAUGUUGUCUUUAUCCAGGUUUCCACCUCUUUCAUAGAAAAAAUGCAGACACAGGAUCUCCCUCUGGUGAUGUAAAUAAAGCAGGCUGGACUAAAGGAGACUGUGAUGGCCAAGGUUGGGUACCAAAGGGAUAUUGUGCCUAGAGAGGGUCAGGAAUGUACGUGUAUUUUAAUCUGUGCAUAUAUCCUUUUGACCAUUGCUGUUCUAGCUGUCACCUACUUGUAUUUAGAGCUGGUCAGAAAAAUGUUUGCCUUUACUGGUAUAUCCUUCUGGUCAUUGGUGUAAAGUCAGAGUAGCCUUGAAUCAAACUAUGACCUCUAGAUUUUCACUAGGAGGGUAAAGCUGGUGAUCUUUGAGACUGGUGAACCUCUCCUUCUUCCUCUCUUACACACACUUCUGUAUUUUAUAAUGAGGUCAAUACUCAGUUGAUCAAACCCCUUUAGUUCUGAACAGCUAGCCAGAGAGGAGUUUUGGUCAGCCAGAUAACUAAUUAACAUGUGUAAUAUUUCAGAGUAUACAUAGGCCAUCAGUUGUAAUUUUGACAAUAAAAUAAUUAACUAUUGUCAAA